AUGCCAACUAAAAAACGUUCAUCAAGUUCAUCAUCAUCCGAUGGAUCUCCAGGACAUCGUUCAUCAUUACAUCGAUCAAAUAGUGAACGAGAUAAAAAACGUUCUCGACGUUCAUCUAGUCGAGAUAAACAUAGACGUGAUGGAAAAUCAUCAAAAAAACAUUCAAAAAAAAGUAGUAAAUCUCAUCGUACAUCACGAUCAGGAUCUCCACUUCGAGAAAGUUCAUCUACAACUGAUAAAGAACGUAAAUCAUCACAAACUUCUACUAGUCAAACAACACCAGUAACAACAACUACAAAUGAACCUCUUGAUAAAGAAGCUGAACAAAAACGUCUUGAAGAAGAAAUGCAAAAACGUAAAAAUCGUAUUGAACAAUGGCGCGCUGAACGUCGAUUGAUGCUUGGUGUCGAUAAAGUCAUGCAACAAUCAAUCGUACAAGCUACAAAAGGAAAAACUUGGUCAUUAGAAGAUGAAGGUGAUGAAGAUGAAGAAGAUUUACAAAAUGUUGUUAUACCACCAGUAGAUCUUAAACGUGAUGUUGCUGCAGCACGUGAAGCAGUAAUGGCUUCACAAGCAGAUAAACAACGAGAAGCUAUAGAACGUGCAGCACAAGCAGCUGCACUUGCUGCAGCUGCAUGUGCAACUGUUGAAAAAAUUGAUGAUGACGAAGAUGAUCCUUUAGAUAAAUUUAUGGAAAAUAUUGCAAAAGAAGUUAAAAGUGUU